GUCAGAUAACUUAACCAAGGAAUAAUCAAGGCAAUUAUCUGAAAUACAAACCGAAAUAAGACUUUUUGCAAUAGCAUAAUUUAAAACACAUUUUAAAUUGUGGCAAUAGGUGAUUCACUUAAGGAUUUUUUUAUAUAAUGUUUUCAUAUUAUUAAUAUUUCAUGAUAUGUAUUUAAAUCUUUUAUUGAUGUUAAUUGCAUAAAUACAUUUUAAAUGUUUUAUUUAUAUAAAUAUAUAUACUGCAUUUUUAACGUAUCUAAUUUUUACUUCAAGGAAAUAUUUUAAUAUUUUUGGGCAAAUCAAAUUAGUGAAAGAAAUUUUUACAAGAGUGAGUUGCAGUUACUGUCAGUGUAACAUACAGAUACAUUUAUUCUUUUGUAAACAGGUGUUCACUGCAUGUUUCAGUAUGUCACAGGUAAACGAAACCACAGCUUCUGUUGUAACUGAGUUUUUCAUCGUGGGUUUUCCUGGACUUCAGCCCAAAUACUACAGCCUGAUAGGAGCGCUUUUGUUCAUCAUCUACAUCGCUGUAAUCGCCGGAAACUCUCUCAUUGUGGUCCUGUUUAUGAUUGAACGCAGCCUCCAUAAGCCCAUGUAUAUUAUCAUGCUGAGUUUGUCCUUGUCUGAUAUUGGUUUCUGCACAGUCGCUCUGCCAAAAGUUAUUUCUCGCUAUUGGUUUAAUGACGGUUAUAUUGGCUUCUAUGUUUGUCUGUUUCAAAGGCUGCUGAUUCACUAUUUUGUUACCUUGAACUCUCUUAGUAUGAUGAUCAUGGCACUUGAUCGAUACUUGGCAAUUUGUUACCCGCUAAGAUACCCUGUUUUAAUGACUAACCGCACUAUGAGGCUUCUAAUAGGGUUUUCCUGGGUUACUGCAAUGAUUGCUCCAACCAUUAGCUUAAUGCAGACAGUGAAACUGCCAUUCUGUGGGCCAAACAGGAUCGCUCAUUGCUUUUGUGAAUCUCUAUCUAUGAACCAGCUGGCUUGUGCUGAUGCCACCCUCUCAAAUCUCAUUGCAUAUGCUGUAGGAAUGUUUGUGCUUCUCGUUCCAUUCUCUUUCAUCAUAUUUUCCUAUUUAAGUAUCCUGGGGUCUGUGCUUCGAAUAGCAAAUGCACAGGGCCGAAUGAAAGGCUUUUCUACCUGUGCCACACAGCUGACUAUCAUUACCAUCUAUUACGUGCCCCGUUUCGUGGUUCUAACCACUUCUAACAUCCCAAACGCUCAAAUGAACAGCAGUCAGAAGAUCAGCCUGGUCAUGUUCUACAGUCUGCUUCCACCUGUAGUGAACCCCUUCAUCUACUGCAUCAGGAUCAAAGAAAUCAGACAGUUCUUUCUCAAAUGGUGUGUUCACAGAAACAGGAUUAGUUUAAAAGUCAAAAAUGUAACUAUUCCCAAAUGAUAUGAUGUACAUAACCCUGUUCUGAUGUAUCCCAUUUUA